AGCUCUCUAAAAUCCAUCCUAUAUAAGCGAUUGCGGCAAUUUUUUUUCUUUAGUAUUCAAGUUUUGAUCACCGGAGAACCAUGAAAUUAAUAAUAGCGAUAGUUUUGCUCUCCGUGGCCAGCCUUGGUAUGGCGGUCACCGAUGACAGGCUAAGGCGAAGGAUUUAUUCUACCCAAAGACUUAUCGAUUUGAAACUUAACACUGCUCAAAAUGUUAUUCGCGGAAAAUUACAAUAUGCUGAAGUAGUGGCCACAAAAAUGACAGGACAAGUUGAUUUUUUAAACGAUACCUCUCCACUAUUGAGUCAUGUUAUCAUCGAUGUUAAACUAAAUAAGACCAUUCAAAGAGGACAAAAUAAAAAUAUAGAUGUGUCGCAAUGCAUAAUUCCUUUGAAUGAGCUGAAACAACAGGCACAACAAAUUCAAUCUGACGCAAGAAAGUGCAUAGAGCAACAAAGAGCAGAGGAAAAAAGCAUGUUAGAUAAAAUUAAAACCAUUCCUGUACCCUUCAACGAGGAGUUGAAACGAAUUAGAGAAAAAUUGGGAAAAUGCAGGGAAACUUCAACUGAAUUGCUGCAAUCUCUUACUUGUUAUUCUACGAUCCUGGCGGAAAUUGACGCAUUGAAGAUUAAUCAAUUUUUCAUGGUCAAAAAAGAUAUAAUGCAAUUAAUUGCUGAUAUGAAAAACUAUUCCAUAAAGAUAUUCAAAACUUGUUAUACCGAACGUGUACACGCGAUUACUCCGAGCCAACUGCUCAACGCUAUCACGCUCGUUGACAGGUGCAUCUUGAAUGAGUCAAAUAAUCCUUCUGGGGAAACUACUACUCCAGAGUCUGUCACGGAAAUGGCAACUUAUUUACCGAAUUCCGAUGAUGAUGCUGAGACUACGACACCUUUUGAUGAAGAAUCAACUACCCCUCAAGAUGAUUCUUAUGCAGAAGGUUCUGCUACCGGUAUGCCUGAAUCUGAGUCUUCUGGAGAAGCUACAACCCCAGUUGCGGCUAUGGUAGAAGAAUCCCCUGCUCCAGUUUCGGAAAAGCUUAAAGAAACCGUGACUGAAAAGGUCGCAGAAGCUGUCACUCCAGCUGCCCCAAAAGUCGAAGAUCCCGUGACUCCAGCUGCCGAAAAGGUCGAAGAUCCCGUGACUCCUGCUGCUGAAAAAGUUGAAGAAACCGUCAGUGCAGCUCCCGGAGAAGAGGAAGAACCACCAUUCAAGAUAGUUCCUCAAAGUGUCGGCACAUACGAAACUCUACCCGACGGUACUCCAGCUGUUGGAAAAGAAAAGACUGAAACGAUGGAGGAAGUUCCAAUUGAAUAA